UUUAUAACUUAACAACACUUCUUAAAAAACGAAUGCAGUCGACGAGGAACAUCCCCUAUUUACUUCAUGACAAAGUUAUCUACAAUGAGCCUGCCACUAUCUGUGAAAUAUUCAGUGAGUGGUUUGCAAACUUCAGUUUAGAAACGCGCAUUCCCGGUGAAACCGGCUCCCUUACUAGCUCUUUCCUCGGAAGCAUAGUGUUCACCGACCAAUUAAUAGAACAAGCAGUUAAAAGCCUGAGACCUUCCACUAGCACGGGACCAGAUGGCCUCGCUUCUAUAAUUUUCAAAAACAGUGGGUGUGAUAUACCCCUACUACUUCUUAAAUUCUUCUCAAUAUCUAUGGACACUGGCACUUACCCUAAUGAGUGGAAAACUAGCUUCAUAAUUCCACACUAUAAAUCCGGUGAUAAGGCAAACGUCCGCAAUUAUAGACCCAUAAAUAUAACCCCAGUUGUCUCUCGAAUCAUGGAGAAAGUUGUCAAAGAUCAGUUGUCAGACUAUCUACUUAAGGAAGAUCUUGUCACAAGGUCUCAACAUGGAUUUCUCAAAAAUAGGCCUUGCGUUACCUGCCACUUCGACUUUUUCAACUGCAUCACUAGUAGUCGCGAAGCAUGUAAGCUAGUUGUUGUUCUCUACUUCGACAUAUCUAGGGCAUUUGACAUGGUUUCUCACAGUAUUCUCUUUGAGAAGCUGUAUUCAUGUGGGAUUCGCAAUCCAUUACUGAGCUGGUUAAAAUCGUUUCUAAGCAAUAGGGUACAAAUAACCAAGGUUGGAUCUGUAAUGUCUCAUCCUAGGCAGAUCACAAGUGGGGUUGUGCAAGGUAGUGUCCUAGGUCCACUUUUAUUUACAGUCUACAUUAACAGCAUUUGCAACUGCUUCACCUCAGGUAAAUCAUUCCUAUAUGCUGACGACCUCAAAGUCGUUUACUCCUGCUACGCUCAUGAGCUAAGCGAUAUGGUAAAUAAAAUACACCAUGUUGCGAGACUACUUAGUUCAAGAUGUAUUUUAUUUACCAUAUCGCUUAGCUCAUGAGCGUAGCA